CACAAACCCAAACAAGGCUGGCGGCUACUCCCAGCCUUAGAUGACAAGGGAGUAUCCAUGUGAUAUCAAACCUUCCACAAAACCUAGUCCCACCCACCUCUCAUUCAACAAUCCACCCUCCACUACCUCCCCUCUCAUACACUCUAACUCGAUGAAAUCAUCCAACAAACCCCGCCUCUACAUCUCCCUCCACGCCCGCGGAGGCGGUGUCCGUCCCAAGAUGCCCGACAAAGAAGAUACGUAUCACUGGUCCCUAACCAUCCUCCCCAAAGACAAGCAGCAGCACCGCUUCCCAAAAACCAAACGUAGCAUCGUUGGAACGACCUACCACGUGCGAGAACUCCCCACCCCCACCGGGACAGGGAUGGUAUUCAAAUGGACCUUCGAAGAGCGCAGCACCGCUCUCGACACGAUGGUUCUGGUACGGGUGCUUAUUGGGAAGGUGGUGGAUCGGGAGAGAUUGGUUGAGAUAUUGAGGGAGGUUCCGGUGGGAGGAGGAGAGGAGGAGGGUGGAGAGGAAGGGUGGAAUUGUGUUUCUUGGGUGAGGGGGGCGGUGGAGGCGAUUAAGAGGGAUGAUGAGAAUGGGAAUGAGGUUCUGGGGAAGGGGAGGGGAUGGGGCUAG